GACAUUCUCGUCAAUUAUUGUGUUACUAGGUACUAUCCUUUUCCCCUGAGCCACGUAUUGUAUGUAUGUAUUUCAUCCCUUAAGGGACUGCUCACUCAAUUGUGGGUUGAUUGUCGUGUGGAUGCCACAUCGCACCGAAGGGCGUUCUGCGACAUGGCAUACCUGGUGUUGGAUACCCACAUCCCUUACUAUAUUCAUGACGUCCCUGAAGGAGGUAGGUAGGUCGGGUAGAUAACCCCCCAAUGAACCUGAUAUCAUUGAAUUGCGCUUGUGUUUUUUGUGUGUUUUUUAAAGAUAUGGUGAGCUAUGUUCGGUCGUCGCUCUUCACGCUCCGCGAUGGGGUCGAUGGGACCCGGGAUCGACUCCGAAAAUCACCCAAUGCUGGAUUGGUCGGCGAAGGCGUGGGAUACUGAUGAUUAUAUUGAUAUUCCUCUUAUCGCCGAGGAUAAGGGUUCACGGAGGAAAUCGGUUUCCUUGCGUGUUUUUAUAGCUUCUCUCGUCUGCCUGUUCAUCGCUGCAUUAACUCUAGGUGCGGGCUGCGGGUUCGGGCUCGGGGUUGUGCGGUAUAGGAUUGUGGAUGGAGAAACGCUGGUAGCAGAUGGGGGUAAUGGCGGUAAAUAUGGUGUUGGUGUGCCUGAAGAUCUGGAGUUUGUGCCGAUAGGGAGGCUGGUUAAUAGAACGGAGCUUGAGCUCGAUACUGGAUUUUCAGCUUUGGGGAAAGGGGAUGAGGGGGUCAAGAUCCGCAAAUACGUGUUCAACGUUUCGUUGUCUCUUGCGGCGCCAGACGGCUUCCGGAAACCGAUGGUCCUUGUCAAUGGGCAGUCUCCGGGGCCGUUGAUCGAGGCGAAUGUGGGCGAUACGAUUAGGGUGCAGGUCAACAAUUUGAUGGCGAAUAUUAGUACGUCGAUCCAUUGGCACGGAAUCAACCAGCAAGGCUCGCCGUGGAUGGAUGGCGUGGCUGGGAUAACACAAUGCGGGAUCCCGCCGGAGAGGAGCUUCACGUACGAGUUUAAGGUCAAGGAUCAGAGGGGCACGUUUUGGUGGCAUGCCCAUUCUUCGGUGCAGUAUAGCGACGGUGCUUACGGAGCCAUUGUUAUUCACGAUCCGGAUGAGAUGGUUCCUAAGACGGAUAGCGAGAAACUCAUUUUUGUAUCGGAUGUAUAUCACACUUACGGAUCAGUUAUCUUAAACAGCUACCUCAACUCAACCUCCAAAUGGGCACCCAACGAAUCAGGCGUCGAACCCCUCUCAGACAACAUCCUGAUGAACGGACAAAACACGUAUAACUGCUCCAUAACCUCAACCACAUUCCCCUUAUCCUCUCACCAAAACACCAACACCAACACCAACGACUGCACAGGCGGCAACCUCUACAAAACCAAAAUCCACCCCAGCCGCACAACCCGCCUGCGUCUCAUCAACGCAUCCAGCUUCUUCUCCUACUGGUUCAGCAUCGACAACCACACGCUCUCGAUCGUCGAACUCGACGGCGUCGAGAUCGAGCCCAUACCCGCGCGCGGCGUGUACCUGAACCUAGGCCAACGCGUGUCCGUCGUACUAACCGCGGACCAGGAGGUUGGGAGCUAUUACAUACGAGCGUCGAUGCCGCGGACUUGCUUUUUGCCGUACUCGACGUAUACGAGUGCUGGGCUGGAGGAUGGGGGGUAUGGUGUUAAAGGGGUUUUGGUAUAUGCUGAAGAGGACGGGGAGGGUGGUGGUGAAGGGGGUGAGGGUGAGAGUGAGAGUGAGAGUGAGAGUAAGGGGGUGCCUAAGACGAUUGGUGUGGCGGGGAAUACGACGAACCCGUACGGGGUUGAGAAUAACGAACUUAGGGGAGAUGUGUGGGAGGGCUGCGAUGAUAUGCCGUUUGACAUGCCGGUACCGAUGCGCAGGCAGCCUGCGGUCAAUGUUAGCGAGACAAAUACGCAUUAUAUCGAGUAUGCGUUCCGUCAAGCCCAGGAAGUUAAUCGGAUUUUCAUUAAUAAGACAUCAUACUCCCCCCUCCCAAACAACGCCACGCUCUGGAAAGCCAUAGAGCAGAACUUCACCGCCGACAAAGCGAACUCGUAUAACAGCUGGGACUUCGGGCUGAACCAGCAAGUACUCCACAUCCCAGACUCCGAGCAAGGCGCGCAAAUCGUCAUAAAUUCAAAGGACGGGAUGGAGCACCCGUGGCAUUUACACGGGCACACAUUCCAAAUCGUAGGCUGGGGCCACGGGCUCUUCGGCAGCGGCACGACGACGUGGAGCCUAGACAACCCGAUGCGGCGGGACACUGUGACGGUGCCGCCGUCGAACCACGUAGUCAUCCGCUUCGCGACGGAUAACCCGGGGGUAUGGGCGCUGCACUGCCACGUAGCAUGGCAUGUUGAAGGCGGCAUGUUCCUCACCCUAGCAGAACGGCCGGAUGAUCUCGUUCGUAUGGUCGACGAGAUGGAUCCGGAGACGAGGCGGCAGAGCCAGAGUUUCUGCGGCGCCGGCGGGGAUGAUUAGGGGGUUGGCUCUUGGUAGGCAUAAGAAGCCAUCUGCGACUUCUCAUAGCAAGAACCGCGGUAUAUAGGUCGUUCAUGUAAUUAACACCAACUCACCAUAGAAUAUGCCAGGAGCCAUAUUCCAAUGUACAUAGCACACAAUCAAACCUCACAACC